AUGUCGUUGACAAUUAAUAAUAUCAACAACAACAUAGUCGUUGUUGAUAAUAAUUUUUUUUUUUUUUUAAUUUUGGCAAAUCAACAACAACAUUGUCUUCAUUGAUGAGUGUCAAAAAAUAAAAAAAAUGAUUUCGAUAACCAAUUGGUUACUUUAUAGUACACUUUAUAGUAAUAUUUAAAUUAAUUAUGAUUUCGAUAAUAUACCAAUUGGUUACUUUCCAUAAAAUGAUCCACUUUAAAUAAAAGUAUCUCUUGUACAUAAUAUUCAAUUUUUAAAUUAGUUAUGUUAAAACUAUAUAUUGAUUUUUAGUUUUUAUUAUGUUGAUUAAGAAUUUUAUGUUAUAUUUUUUUCUUUUGUGUAACAAUAUUUAUGUUACCUUCCAUACUAUUUAUGAAUGAAUGUUAACUAAGAUUUAAAAAAAAUGAUAAAACAGUAACUAAUUACUAUAUUAGUAACCAAAUAGUUUAUUUUCUAGAAAUAGCAAAAAGACAUAUGCUUCACACAUCUUGAAAUAUUUACAUUAAAGAAUAAAUCACAAUGGUAUUUUUUUAGAGUCAACUGAAUAACAAUGUGGCCAUAAAUUAUUUUCAAAAGUAAAAAAAAAAAGAUUGAGAAAUAGAAAAGAGAGAAUACAAUGAAGAAACAAAAAGAAUCAAGGCUUAAAGAAAAAUAUUUGGUCAUGUAUUGAAAUAUGCUCACCUAUUAAAAAAACGUUAAUAAUACUUAAAGGAAAAAACGUUAAUAAUACUUAAAGGAAACUUAAAUUUGAUGUUAAAGUUAUUUUUGAAAUGGGGAGUUCUAUUUGCACCCCUUAAACUUAUAAAUACACCAUAUUAUUAAUAAAAUAUAUAAAUUUAAAUAAUUUUUAAAAAUUACUCUUAAUAUUUUUUUAAAAAAAAAUUCUUCAAAUUAUUUUAUGUUAAUUUUAAUACUUAUUUUGAUUUUAUUUUCAUAAUUUUUUCUAACUCAUGUGUAUUUUUUUUUUCUAAAAAAAAUUCACAUAAUUUUUUAUUUUAAUUUUUUUCAUAAUAUUUAAAAUACACUUUAUUUUUGUUUGAUAGGCAUAUUUUUUAAGAAUAUAAAUUGAAAGAAAAAAUUAAAAAAAAAUUAAUACAAUUAAAAAUAUAAAUUUUGUAUAAAAUAAAAAUUAUCAAAAUGGGGUGCCUUUAGAAUUUUUUGGAGUGUAAAUAAAAUUUCCCUUUUGAAAUUUAGAUAUAUAUAAUAAGGUGCUACAUAUAAAAAUUCUUAUAAAUUAAGACAAUUUAUUUGAACUAAUAUUCUAAAUUGGACUAAAUAAGAGAUCUAAUUAAACAAGCCCAAUAAACAUUUUAUUUGGUAUUUUUGUAAUGUGUAAUAUAAAGAACAUAUAGAGUUUGGUCCUCAAGGCUAAUCUCAACACUAUUCUCUUCAAUUCCUAAGUGAGAACCCAUAGGGAUGAAGAAUAGUUUGUGCAAGACCAUAUACCUAUAUACCCAUCAUCUCAUUUUAUAUUAUAUCUAAUAUUAUGGAAUUAGGUAUGUUUUUCAUCUUAUUAAUUCAUAGAGUAAUCUUGAUACUUGACAUAAAUUUAAGAUCCAUAUGUAUUUUAAAUCUACUUUCUAACAAAAAAAAAUGUAAGAGAAAAAAAUGUACGGAAAAUAUAGAAGAAUAAAAUAAAAUAAAAAAAAAAUAUGAAAAGAGGAAGAUAAAUAAAAAGAGAGAAGAAGGGAAAAAAUGGAAGAAAAAAAUAAAGGAGAAAUAAUUGUUUCCAAAAAAUGAUAAUUCUAUUUAUAUAUUUAAAAAAGAAAUAACUUUUAAUUAAUAAUAAAAAAAAAUCGUACCCCAUUUUUUAACAAAACUAAAAAUCAUUCACAGCAUUCCUGCAUGCCUAUAAAAUAACGCAAAAAUCUAGUCACAUUGACUGACCAAUUUCACAAUAACAAUUUUAAUGUAUAAUCCUUUCCUUGCUUGAUGCCGUGACCCCUGGUCUCCAUGUCACGUUCAUCGUCAGCUUUUCAUAUCCGGUCCAUUUGGACUAAUUAACUUGCAAUUUUCAUAUGGUUUCACGAGAGAAGCCCAACCUCAUGAUAUAACGUUUAUUGGCAAUUAAUUAAUAAAAAAUACCACUUUAUAAUUUACCAACUUAACCGUCCCCACUAAUCUCAAAUAAAUAGAGCCACUCCCAAAACAAUAACCUCAUCAUCCUUACUUAUAAUUAUAUCUUAAUGCAAUGGCGCCACCGGGUGCAUUUUCAAGCCCACCUACUAAUUCUAAACUAAUAAUAAUGUUCACGUAUUUGCUAAUAAUAAUAACAUUAUGCAAAUGUGAGACUCAAAAACAAAAACAAAAUCAAAACCAAACCAGCUUAGUAUUCUUCUUGCAAGAUUAUGGGUCGAGCAAUGCCAAUGCUACGGUUGUUCCAGUGAUUGGCAUCAAGGGCAAGGAGUGGUCAUUCAACUCGUUCGGCACCAUUUUUGCUGUUGAUGAUCCAAUCACGGAAACCCCAAGUAGAAACUCAAACGAGGUUGGUCGAGCACAAGGAGUGCUUGUAACAUCGGCUUUAGAUGGGUCUAGUGUGAGUGUGUUACUGUCAAUAGUGUUCACCAAUAGGGAAUACGAUGGUAGCACUUUGGAGCUUCAAGGUGUUAGCCGUCAAAAUGAGAGGUAUAGAGAAGUGUCUGUGGUUUCAGGGACAGGCUAUUUCAGAUUCAAUAGAGGCUUUGCUGUUAUGGAGACUAUAUACUAUGAAAGAUCAACUUCAUACUCAAUCGUUAGGUGCACCAUUACCCUACGUGAUGGGACUAUAUAUAGCUAAUUUAUUAUAACUAUAUAGUUACUCCUCUCCUCAUAUAUUAUGUACUAUCCGAGGCAAUAAUAAUAAGAAUAUAUAGUCAUCCCAUCAUGUUAAAAUUUUAUACGCAUUCGUUCCUUUCUAUUUUGGUUUUCUUUGUUUUUUUAGAACAAUUCCCCAAGGUUCAAUGUGCCUAAAUCUAAAAUUUACAUAAUUUUUUCUCCUGAAACACAUGAAAUUCCAGUAAAUCUCCAAAAAAAAAAAAACAUGUGAUUCUAAUCAUAUGAAGAAAUAAGUUUAACCUUACAUCCCUCAAAUAUUAAGAUUAAUUUUAGAUGUGAUUUUCGCACCCUUCCGCGAGCCUCCUCUGCUUGUAGUGGGAGAUCUCUUGUUGUUGUGUACUUCUCCUGUGUGCAAAUGAAAAAAUAUGAGAGAUGCUGUUAGAUAAUAGUUCUCUUCGAGACAGGACAAAUCUCUGAAAUGCUCUUCAAGUCAGUGCUAAAUUCUCAAUUGAACCAAAGUUCUAUUUACUCAAUCCAUAUCCCAUAAUAGCUAUACAAUUACAUAUUUACAGUAAUUCACACCCUUUACAAAUUACUAAUAAACCCUUACACUAUUUCAUAGUGUAACAAAUGCUUUGCCAGGGACUUUAAAUGUCUCCCAUAGCCAUUGAGGUUUUGGACAUCCCUCCUAGCAUGUCUCCCUUAGGGUGAUGUCCGAAGCCUCAAAUGUCUAUUAUAUGGGAGGCAUCUAAACACAAAAGUACUAGAUUCUAUUUUUAAUGUCACUUCUCUUUUUUAAUUGUUUAAACAUAUGAUCAAAUAUUUGAGCAAAGUCCAAAAAAAGAAAAAACAAAAAGGUCAAAAUGUGUUAGAGCUCAAAGUUGCAGUUAGUGAAAUCAAAUUCAGCUAUAAAUAUAUAUAUAUAUAUAUAUAUAGGGUAAAUCUACCGUGGGUCCUCUAGUUUUGUCCUCAUGCUAUGAGGAAAGAAAAUAGACCAAUUACAAGUUAAAUAAAUGUGUGUGUAGAUGUAUUUUGUUAGAUUAUAGUAGCUGAUUAUUCAUAUAUUAUAGCUAGUGGAAAGGGUAUGUGCAAAACUUUUUAAUACUCUCGAAUAUAAAUUAUCUACCUAAACUAAAUUAAGAUAAUUUGAUAAAAAAUACAAACUAAAAAAUCUGAUGAAAAUAUAAU